CCAUGACUGUUUUGAGAAGAAACAACAGAAAAUAUCCAAUAAACUAAAACUUUUGUUCGGCGAAAAACAGUGGUAUUUUGUUGUAUCGCAGCAGUUUUUCUUGUGUUUUAAAGCUCAUUGGUACUCAUACAAAGUUGUAAAUAUAUUGCACAAUGGAAAAUGGGCAGGCGAAGUGUUAACAUUGAAUGAUAUUUUGUCAGGGAGUCUCUAGAAAAUAUACCGAAAUUAUACAUCCUUCUGACGCCGACUAAUUACAGAUUUUGGUUAUGAUAUUCCUACCUUUCUAAAUGGCUCUUCGGUAUCGGUGACACUGGCGAGGGAAAAGUUUUGAGGAAUAAAUAUUUUGUACUGUCAUUUCGUUCGUCGGAAGUAAUGGUUAAUACAGACAUGAACCCGCCUGACCGUCUUAAAACUUUGGAAAAAAUUUUCAGUGAGGGCGCGCAAGAUACAACUUUAAGUACAGAAACACUAUUGGAUAUAUUCCUCGUCUUGUACGAUGAGUGUUCAAGUUCAUCCCUACGCAGGGAUAAAAAUAUAGCUGAAUUUGUUGAAACGGUGAAACCUAUUGCUAAACGCGUGAAAGAAUUAAGACUUUCCAGAGAUGACUUUGAAAUGCUAAAUCUUAUCGGGAAAGGAGCGUUUGGGGAAGUUGCUGUUGUAAAAAUGAGAAGUACUGGUCAGGUUUAUGCCCUAAAGACUCUGAACAAAUGGGAAAUGUUAAAACGAGCAGAGACUGCCUGCUACAAGGAGGAACGAGAUGUUCUGGUUUAUGGUGACCAUCAAUGGAUUACUAAUUUACACUAUGCUUUUCAAGAUGACAGUUUUCUUUAUUUUGUUAUGGAUUACUACAGCGGUGGAGAUCUAUUAACACUCCUUAGUAAAUUUGAGGAUCAUUUACCAGAGGAGAUGGCAAAGUUCUACCUGGCUGAAAUGAUUCUAGCAAUUAACUCCUUGCAUGAAAUGGAAUAUGUUCACAGGGACGUUAAACCUGACAAUGUUUUGUUGGAUGUUACUGGUCAUGUGAGAUUAGCAGACUUUGGAUCAUGCUUAAAAUUAUGCAAAGAUGGAACUGUUCAAUCAGCAGUUGCUGUUGGUACACCAGAUUAUAUUUCACCAGAAAUUCUUCAGGCCAUGGAGGAUGGUAAAGGAAAGUAUGGCAAGGAAUGUGAUUGGUGGUCUCUUGGUAUCUGCAUGUAUGAGAUGCUGUUUGGGGAAACGCCAUUUUAUGCUGAGUCUCUGGUUGAAACAUAUGGAAAAAUCAUGAAUCAUAAGACUUUCUAUGAUUGGCCAUCACAUGUUGAAGUAUCAACAGAUGCGAAAGAUUUAAUUCAAAGGUUGAUAUGUCGCGCUGCACAAAGACUUGGCCAACAUGGUAUUGCAGAUUUCAAAGAUCACCCAUUUUUCAAAGGAAUUGAUUGGGAAAACCUAGCUGAAUGUGAUCCACCAUAUACGCCAGAGGUUAGCAGCGCAACUGAUACAUCAAAUUUUGAUGUCGAUAUUGAAGCAUCCAAAGCAAAUACUUCCACCCAACCAAAGUCAGUCUCGUCGUUCACUGGUCAUCAUCUUCCUUUUGUUGGAUUCACUUUCACCAAAGACAGCAUACUCUCUGAUCUGGCUCUGAAGAACAGGAAAAACCAAUUCUCUAAUGGAACACAGCAGUCUUCUAACGAAGUAAGCAGCGUAUCUGUGGAGGCCUUUGAGAGACGAAUUAAGAAACUCGAAAGAGAGAAAUCUGAAUUAAGUUGGAAGUUGCAAGAAUCAACGAAAGUUUUACAAGAACAAUCGAUUGAUACUAAAUCUGGCAGUAGAAGUUCGGACAGUGGAAGUUUGAACGAAGAGAUUUCUGCUUUGAAGAGGAAGAAUAAUGAAAUUGAGGUGAAGUUAAAACAUAAAGAAAAGGAACUUGAAGAGAUUUUGAGUGACAAAAAGACAGCGGAAAGUUCAUCCGAAGAUAUGAAGUGGAAGCUCAGAUCAGCUGAAAAGGACAAAAAAGCUUCGAAGGAGGAAAAAGUAAUUUUGGAAAAGGAUCUUGCGGAGUCAAAGGAACGCAAUACUGCAUUGUCGAAGGAACUAAAGGAAGCCCAGAGUCAACGUAAGCUGGCAAUGGCUGAGUUCAGUGAUUUGAACGAUAAACUGGCAGAAAUAAGAUCUCAGAAAACGAAGUUGAUGAGAAAUCAACGAGAGAAAGAGGAAGAACUAGAGAGUGCUUUGGAAAAGGUGGAGAGUAUGAAGACAGAAAUGAGAGUUGUUGAUAAGAAGAAGAAAGAGAUGAACAGUCAAAUUGACGAGUUAACGGCGGAAGUUAGUAAAGAGAAAAAACUGAGAUCACGUAGCGAGCAAUACUCCAAACAACUCGAGGAGGAGAUUGAUAUACUCAAGAAGAAACAACGAACGAUUGGAAAACUUACAAGUUUUGAUACAAAUGCUGAACAACAGCAGCAGGAAAUUACCAAACUCAAGGCGUCGUUGGAAAAAGAGAAGAUUGAUCAUGAAGAAAUCAGUUCCCAACAGAAGAAACAACACAUGUCUGAAGUAAAGGAGCUCAAAGAGAAGUUACAUGAUCAAGAAAGUGCUUCGAAGAAAUUGGAAAGUCAAAUAUCUGCAUUAACAAGUAAAGCUAAUCAGGCGAAGAAGGACAGUAUAAGUGAGCAGCAAGAUGUCAUCAGUGAUAUGCAACGACGAUUUGAGCGAGAUCGUAGUUUACUGAAUGAGGAAAAUAGAAAACUGCAACUUGAAGUAGAAAAGGUGACAGAAAAGCUGAACAAAGCCCAGAUUUCUCAGCGUCGUAAUGAUGAGGAACUCAAAGACAUGAGGGAAAAGAAUGACCAGGUUGCACACUGGGAGGCACAGAUCGCUGAGAUCAUCCAAUGGGUGAGUGAUGAAAAGGAAGCACGUGGGUAUCUUCAAGCAUUGGCAACCAAAAUGACUGAGGAACUAGAGGCACUUAAACCUUCAACAUCUGGUUAUGGUACUCUUGGAAAGGGUGAUAAAGAUUGGCAAGCGAGAAGAUCUCAUAAGAUGAAUAAACAAGAACUCCUCGCCUUGCAAGCAACACUGAAGAAGGAACUUGAGGCAAAACAAAAUCUUGCUGAUGAACUAAACAGAAUUAAGGCGAACGGAGCCAUGACGGAGAAGAAACUGAGUGAAAGUGAGGCACAGAAUAACACGAUGAGAGAGGAAUUAAGAAAACUCCGGACAGAAAACGAACAAAUUAAGACUCAAGGUUUCCAGAAAGAAGAUUCAAAAUAUCGCGACCAGUUUCCAUUCAUGACUCUGCUCAACAAAGAGACGGAUACUGUAGUUAUGUCCUCCGAGACUUCCGAACACCAUCCAACUCUUGAGGAACGAUCAAGUUUGGAGUUGACUCCAUCUUCUCCAGGAUCACCUCAGCCUAAUGCUAGCACUGAAUCAAGCGCUCUGGCUCAUCCUAAGCCUCGAGCACAUAAGUUUGGUGUAAAGACGUUUACCUCACCCACGAAAUGCCAACAGUGUACGUCACUUAUGAUCGGAUUAAGGCGACAAGGCUCGGUCUGUGAAGUAUGUAAUUUUUCAUGCCAUGUGACUUGUAUGGAUAAAGCUCCACCUGUUUGUCCAAUUCCUGCAGAACAAGUCAAUCGUCGCCCACUCGGUAUUGAUCCUCAACGGGGAACUGGUACGGCCUAUGAAGGUUAUGUGAAGGUUCCUAAACCAGGUGGAAUCAAGAAAGGCUGGCAUCGUCAGUUUGCCGUUGUCUGUGAUUUUAAACUCUUCCUGUUUGAUGCUAUCGGUGAUCGUCAAACCCAGAUAUCGCAAUCAGCCAGCCUUGUCCUUGAUAUGAGAGAUGAAGACUUCUCCGUCUGCAGUGUCCUUGCUUCUGAUGUGAUACAUGCGCACAAGAAAGAGAUCCCUUGUAUCUUCAGAUUAACCUGUUGUCAAACAUCGCCCCCUGGAACAACUUUGACUCAGUUAGUUUUAACUGACAGUGAGACAGAAAAGAACAAAUGGGUCAACGCUCUUCAACAUCUUCACAAAAUGUUGACUGAAAGCCAAGACACCUCAAAAACUCAAAUUUUCCAAGCCAAAGAAGUUUGCGAUGCAUCCCUUCACAUCGUUAAAAUGGCGUUGUGUGCGACGAUUAUCGACACGGAUAGAAUCGUCGUAGGAACUGAGGAUGGCCUCUUCCUCUUGGAACUGAUGAAAGAAUCGUGCAUACGUAUUGGUGAUGCAAAGAAAGUCACCCAAGUCGAAAUGCUUCCGGAAGAGAAGCUGCUGAUCGUCCUAUCAAGCAAGAACAAACAAGUACGUCUGUACCCAUUAUCUUCACUGGAUGGUCAUGAUACUGAACCUGUAAAAAUCGUUGAAACGAAAGGCUGCUCCCUGUUUGCCACCGGAUAUAUCAAUGAUGGAAAGUCGAGCUGCCUCUGUGUGUCUGUGAAACGUCAUGUGUACGUGUAUGAAUUGCAUAGUAACAAAAACAGACACACUAAGAUCAAGCAACUAGUACUGUCCGUGAACUGUCAAUGGUUGGGACUCUACAGUGGUCGUUUGUUCGUUGGUUAUGUUUCUGGAUUUGUGGUGCACAGUUUGCAAGGAGGAGAACCUCUUAAACUUGUGAGCUCUGAAGAUCCUUUGUUGUCUUACGUGGUUUCCAACCAAAUGGACGCAUUAUUAGCUGUUGAGAUUAUACCAGAUAAGGAGUACCUGCUCUGCUUUGAUGAGGUUGGAGUCUUUGUUGAUAAUUUGGGACGGAAAACGAAAAUGGAAGAGCUCAUGUGGCCAUCACCUCCCGUCAGUGUCGCCUUUUGCUAUCCGUUUAUUAUAUCAUUCAGUGAUCGAGGUAUUGAUGUAUUUGAGGCAAACACUGCCAAGUGGAUUCAAACCAUUCCAAUCAAAAAGUGUAUCUCCCUGGUCAGCGAUGGUUCUCUGUGUCUUUCAACAGCUAAUGAAAUACCCAGCUUGUUAUUCUUAAGAAAUAAACUAAUGCAAGAGGAGGAACUGAUCAUCCCUGAUCCUACAAAGGGCAAGAAAGCCAUUGCUGCUGUCCUUAAGAUGAAAAGCAAGAAGAAAUGGUCAUUCAAGACAAGAGAGUUAGGAUUCCAAGAUCUUGACAGCGAAACAAAACAAAGAUUAAUUUCUCUUCCAACUAAUUUCAACCAUGUGUCUCAUAUGGGGCCAGGUGACGGCAUUCCUGUGUUAAAAGAUAUGUCUGUGAGACCUCAAAGAGUCGAGGAAGAAGAGCUUCUUCAUGAUGGUAACAUGAGCCGUAGCUAUACAGCUGUUGGUCCUAUCAGAUCAAAACGACCAACCAGUGCUGUUCCACGACCAAUGAGCGCCGCGCCUUCGCCACCUUUCGUUAACGGAAAGUCCUCCUCUGAUGGAGUAAGCAUUGAAGGAGGGAGUCGGUCGCCAUCAUCAACAUCAAGUGAAGAAACUCGAAGCAAUCGUCUGUCAGGGGACUUGGAGAAAUAUUUUUCUAAGGCACCUAGUAUUCUCUUGCAAGAUGGUUCACAACCGCUAACUGCUUUUGAUUCGAUAAAUUUAAUGCCCAACGAAUUGCAGGAAACCUCCAGCACAGGGCACCCAUCUUCACCAGAAAGCUCGGAAGUCCACCUUUGAUAACAUAGACCAGAAAGAGUAUCCCAAAAUCAUACGAGAUAUUUCGCCAAGACCUGAGCAAGGGCCAUCUUCAUAUGACAAAGAAUUUUCAUCGGAGAGUGAUAAGUACCCUAAUGCCGCGACUAACAAGUAUAAUCAGAAUGUAGUUAUAUAUAUAUAUAUAUUUUUAUACAGGAUAAUUUUAUAAUUUGUAUUAUUAUUAUUAUUAUUAUUGCUAAAGACAGUUUCUCUGUGACUGAACGAAUAUCAAACGAAGUCACUGUAAAUUAAGAAGAAAUUUAUAGGACCUCAGGUUUGCCAUCACUGAGCUAAAUAGAAUCUACUGUAGUGGUGAAAGACAGGCGUGUGGGCUGUUGGGUGUGGUUGGGUUGUGGUAAUUUCAUGGGAACAUUUAAAGCAUGCAUUAACAAGUCACUUCGAAAAAAAAUAUUUCAAAUAAAGUUUCUGCAAAACAAGUAAAUUUCUUAUAUACAGUUGUUAAUUUGUGAUCAGGCAUAUGCUUUGAAGCAGAAAUUUGUAAAUCAUCGCAAGAAUCUCGCCUAUGAAUGAGUUGUUGUUUACGUAUUUUAACGCAGAUGGUAAAGUUAUAUGUAAUGAGAAUCUCCCUAACUGUCAACAGAUUUAUUAAACGGCGCCAUUUUGUCCGUAAAUAGUCAGUAACCAUGAGGUCUAGAAGCGUCUAGAAACAUAAGAAUAUUAGUGAUAUGUCCUCGCUGUAAUCGCGUAGUAAUCUCUUUGCACUAAUUAACACAUUCUGCACUUAGCUUUGAUCAAGCAUUUUAAAACUCGUUAA